UUGGAGCUAUUCUUGAUUUCCUGCCUGUUUUGCCGCUCCACUCACCACCAGAUGUUGUCACUCAUCCCGGCAGUUGUUCUGCUGCUACUCAGCCCGGAGGCUAGCGCCACAGAUUAUUGCAAAAAGGAUCUCUGCCAUCCUCACAAACACAUCGGCUGCAAGAACUAUGGGGACUUCGAUGAGACCUGUGGGAGUGGAGCCGUCAUCUUGCAGUUUCCCUCGUCCUUGCGGGCACAGCUUCUGUCCGCCAUCAACACCUUCCGGAAUCAGGUGGCCAUGGGCAAGCAUCCCUCCUUCCGCCCAGCCGCCCGAAUGGCCACUCUCCGCUGGCACAUGGAACUGGCCGGCCUGGCCAAGUUCGCCCUGCGGCGCUGCGAAAACCUGGAGGACUUUUGCAGCAACACCGAUGAGUUUAAGUAUGUUUCCUACAUCUUUGGCAGCACCAAGUGGCUGAACCAUGUCCAGACCCCCCAGGCUAUUGUGGAAUAUGUGGUUAAGUUCUGGAAAGCCGACAUCAAGUCCUGCACAAUGAGUCACAUCAACGCGAAGAAGCCGCCGAAGGAUGGUCAGUGUCGUGGGUAUUUCACCCAAUUGGUCCAGGAUCUGGCUGCCCAUGUGGGGUGUGCCUUGAUGCUCAGGAAGAGUCCAGAUGGAUCACUAUUUCAGUACGGAUUGCUGUGCCAGUUUUCUCGCGGAAAGAUAGCCAAUGAACUGGUCUACCGGGCGAGCAAUAAUCCGGGCAGUCACUGCUACUCCGGCACUCAUUCCACGUACGCGGGACUGUGCUCUCCCGACGAGCAUGUCAAUCCCAAUGCCCUGCAAUUAGGCCAGCUUGAUUGAAUUGGUCACGUUGCCGUUGCCGAGAAUAAACCUAGAAGCUAAGAUAGAUCUUAAAGUACACUUUUAUACUGAUUGCGAUACCAAUUGCCACGCUGGCUGGCCAAGUUAGAAGAAGGCAGAAAAUAAUGAAAACUAAAAUAAUAAUA